AACUUUCGACACACAAAAAGUGAACAGCUUUGAGGUGUUUUUCCAAACCUGUAUUGUCAUUGACAUAAUAAUAAUUAAUAUUAGGACAGCCUGGCAGUUAGCUUGAGUGGAGGGAACCUGCUUCAAGCUCAAAGCAAGAGAAGAAGAAGAAGAAGAAGAAAAAAAAAGUCAUGUAGCUGUGAAAAAAGUUUGAGGCACCCCUCCCCCAUCCCCACAUGGCAGAUGAUGCAUGACCUGAGAAACGUGGAAGAACUACAGUUUGUUAGAGACCACGUGACCAUCUUUAUCUGGUUUUUUUGGAGGCGGGGGGGGAGGCAUCGUGGACGCGCUCCAUCCUCCCCAGGAGAGCGAAUGAGGAGUCAACAGCUGCACAGUGAGGACGAGUCUCCACCAAACAUGAUUCGAAUCAAACAAUCGAGUUGUAGGUGAGGCGUCCGCCAGCGACGGCGGCGCGUGAGAUGAAGAAGCGACUCACGCAGACGGCGUAAGCUGGCGCCGCACGCGCUCCCGCACUCUCACUUGUCAUCGUUAAUCCGGAAACUGUUUCAGUUUGUAUUGUUUGGUUUGAAUAACAAAAUCCCAGGAAAAUGCCGACUCACUCCCUGCUGCCAUACAGUCCGGACGGACUCAUCGGCAGCAGCGCUCGUAUUCCCAGCCUGGCCUCCACCGGGACGCUGCUCGGCAGCGGCGCGGACAAGUCGGAGGGCGGUCCUCAGCUGACCUGCAUGUUCUGCGAGCAGACGUUCGCCCACCAGGAUGAGCUGGGCCCCCACGUGCUGGGGCAGCACCCCACUACAUUUUUCGAGCCGGCCGUGCUCCGGGUGGAGGCGGAAUUCCGGAUCCCCGGAGAAAGAUCUAUAGUGAGCGGCCACCCGGAGGAGGAGGAGGAAGUUCCCAGGUGCAUUGUGUGUGGCCACGCCGCACAGGACGCCAGCGAGCUGGAGGCCCACAUGAGGAAGCACAAAGACUACUUCACGUAUUGUUGUAAUAUCUGCGGACGGCGGUUCAGAGAACCCUGGUUCCUCAAGAACCACAUGAAGAUGCACAUCAAACCGGGGCCGAAGAGCAAAGCCCAGCAAGACCUGGACGCCCCGGCGACGGUGAACGGCGUCACACAGGAGGCGGCUCCGGAGCCCGCCGUCUCCGUUUACAAAAUGUGCAUGGUCUGCGGGUUUUUCUUCCCUGACCACGACAGUCUGGCAGAACACAGUAAAGUUCACAACCGCGAGCUCGACCCUGCUAAAGACGAAUGGAGUUCGGAGCGUGCUCCUCAGUCUUCACCCAACCAGGAGGAGUUUCUGAGCGGUCUGAACCUCCGUCCCACCUCCACAGCCUCAAAAAAUACCAGAUCGUCAAAGUGGAUCGCCGAGCUGGACCCCUUCAACACAUAUCAGGCCUGGCAACUGGCUACCAAAGGAAAGAUAGCAGUCGGGCCCAACAAUACUAAAGACAUGGGUCUAGAAGUGAGCACAGACAACGAGGACUGCGGCUCUGAUAAGGAGGAGGGGAACAUGGGCGCCGAAGGUCACGCCGGGAAGGAGGUUCUGGGCAGGGAGCUGCGCUCGCACCAGCAGGGCGGGUCUGAAAACCCGCCACGGCGGUCCCUGAUCCAGAAAGACCCGGAUAGAGAGAGGCCCACCACCUGCGAGGACUGUCACAGAACGUUCAGAACCUACCACCAGCUGGUGCUCCACUCUAGAGUGCACAAGCGAGAGCGGGGAGGCGGGGACAGCCCCACCUCUUCCGUGGACAUGAAGCUGGCGAGGACGGGCUCGUCGGAGCACGCGGACGACGGCUCCGAGGAGGUGAUGGAGGAGAACUCAGUGUUGGGGGAAGACGGUUUUGAUCGAUCAAAAGUCCGAUCCAAAGGGUGCAGUUACUGCGGCAAAUCCUUCAGAUCAAGCUAUUACCUGACGGUUCAUUUGAGGACUCACACAGGUGAGAAACCUUACAAGUGUGCUUACUGUGACUACGCGGCGGCUCAGAAGACCUCGCUAAAAUACCACCUGGAUCGGCGUCACAAGGACAAACCUUACGUGGAGAUCUUCAGCAAAUCCGUGGCGUCCGUCCCGUCCCCCGACGAUGGAAAACACGGAGGUGAGCCUGAACGCACCGCUCCAAACGCCUUGAAGCUGUGGACUCCCGGACGCGCUUCAUGGACAAAAGUAGAACCAAAGGACAAAUUUGACAAACAAGCUAGUAAUAUCAGCGAGCCGCUGAAUGAGACGUCUGUUAGCUCCUCCCCCGACCGUGCGUCGCCAGAGAGCCCCGCAGCCGCCAGCCUGAAGGAGGACGCCGUGAAGGCAGAGUGUCCGGAGGCCCCCCUCAAUCUGUCCUUGAAAGUGUCCGUUUCCAUCGCCGCCAACGCCGUUCCCAAACACGCUCUGAGUCCGGCGUCCUGCUUGUUCUGUUCCUACAAAACCAUGUACCCGGAGGUCCUGACCAUGCACGUCAGGCUAACGCACAAAGACAAGGCUGAGGGCCCCCGGAGGAGCGCCCCCACCUGCAGCCUCAGGCAAAAGCGCCACACCGGCUGCCCCCCCGCACUCCAAGGCAAAGACGUCACCCCGCUCCUUAUGACCGGCAGGCAGCACCCACGCCGGACCAAGUCCCCGCCCCCUCAGCCGGCAAGAGCGCCCCCGAAUCCUCCCCCUGCUCCUAAGCUGUCCCCGAUCCACGCCCCACAGCCGGAGCUCUUCCAGGAGCCCCCUCGCCACCGACAGAACCCCCGCCACAAUCAGGAACCGUCCAGAUUCACCGAGCUGAUCCGACCCGCCAACCCCGGCAGCAGGCACGCGGGCGACAGGAGGCCCCCCCCGGACAGAGCGGCUGUCGGCGAGAGGAGCUUCCCGGCGAGGAGCGGGGACGUGUGGCACACGGACGCCGCGCGGCUCUGUCUGUCCAGCCGCUUCGGGAGCUUCCCCCAGAUCGAUUUAGGCGAACCUUCAGGUAAACGGCUGAAGUUCUCUGCGGCGGCGAGCAGGGAGGCCGACGGCGGGGAGAAGUCUGCUUUCAAGGCAACACACGGGGACGCAUCCAGCAGGCUGCUGCUGAAAGCCAUGCCCCACGGCGGGGGCCCCACCACAGCCGCCAUAAACGCCCCCCCUGGGGCUUUAGGAGGCAGCCUGAACUCAGAGUGGAGCAUGAUGAACCUCCUCCGCUCCUGCACGCCCGGCGACCUGGCCUCCCUCUACCAGCCGGCAAACCCCAACCACGGAGGGCUGGGCCCCCCGAGACCCGGGAGCAGGAGCGUGCUGUACCAACACCUGCCCAGCCUGCCCGCCCUGCAGAUGAGGGACCCCCCGGGCCCCUACCCUCACCAACGCUACGGCGCCGCCGACAAGAGCUCCUGAGGAGAACCACCCAGGUUAAAGGACUUUGAGCAACACUCUCAAACCCUGAUUUGAGCCCAGACCGCGUCUGGUCUUACGUUAGCAUCUGGACCACGAACUGCUGCUACCUUUUGUUUUUGUUUACCGUCUGUGGAUUAAGUACAGGAUGGAUUCAGAGGAUGGAUUCAGAGGAUGGAUUCGGAGGAUGGAUUUGGAGGAUGGAUUUGGAGGAUGGAUUCGGAGGAUGGAUUCGGAGGAUGGAUUCGGAGGAUGGAUUCAGAGCCGUCUGGGCUUCCCUUAUUUAAUGUUCGACUAGAAAAAAAAGUCAUUUCUGUAGUUUUUUUUUUUUAAGUGGGAAAAGUGCACAUAAUCAAUUGAUGUUCCUGUCAGAAGUGUUGCUGGAGCCUAUCUGAAGCGUUCCGACCCGCCUGUGAGAUGUCGCUCACCCCCCUCCCCUUAAAGAAGAGAAAUGGCGUCUUUUGAUAUAUUUUUUUCCUCUCGUUAGUCUGGCCCUCAGAGAACCGCGGAGUUUCGGGUUUUUCGUUCAACUGCAGAAAACGUUCAAACUGUGCGUUGACGUCCAUCUACCUCAUGGAGACGCGGCGCGUUCCUGCGAAGCUUUGGCCCGGAAACGACCACGGCUCCAUCCGCUGAUCGCCACUACUACUGAUGCGAUGGAGGCGCGUUCCCGCGGCGCUGUUUACAUUCCCGUCGGAGUUUCUUGUUUUUCGUCGCCAGUUAAGUUACGAUUUCAUUCCGUGCAAAUUUCUGUUUUCACUACGCAGAAUCCGGAAAGUGUUUGGUUUUCAGGUGGCAGCUGCCCUUGUUUUUUUUUUUUUUUCUUUCCGUUUUCUACUUUUCCUUACGCGCUGAAACGUCCGCCUUAAUUUGACGUUUGAAUCGACGGAACACUGUGAAGAACCGAGCUCAGGGUCACUGGUGGAAGCGCCGUGGAGUCGGUCGGCGUCUCCGCCGCUUUAAACGGCCCGAGCUUCACCUUUUUUUGUUUUUUGGGCAGAAACGUUUCCUGUGAAUUCAUGAAAAGAUAUUGUUUUGGAGAUUUGUAUGAAAUAUUUCAAUAAUAAAGCAGAAACUUGAAGAAA